AGCCAGGCGCUCCGCAAAUAUUUGCCUACAAGCCAUUAAAAAUUCCCUUUUCCCCUUUUAAUGUUCAAGUUUUUGUAUGUCACAAAUGUGCAAUUCCUAAUGUCCAUUUUGCUUCCUCUCGCAGAGUUCUGAUGGCUCACAUCAGCGAGGACAUGGCCAAGGAUGAUGUGAGCAGUGUGAAGUUUCUGCUGGCUCACAUGCUACCACGUAAGAAAAUGGAAACUGCCAAGGAUUUCCUGGACUUGGUUGUCGAACUCGAGCACGUUGGCAAGGUUUCCCUGACAAGGGUGGACCUGUUGGAGGAAUGUUUAAUGGACGUGGGCAGGGUAGACCUGGCCAAAAAGCUCAAGGUGUACAAGGUGUCAGUCAAUGCGCCAGCAGUACCCGAGGAAGUGAUGCGCCACCCUUGCCAGGAGAGUCCAGUCAGUCGGUACACAUUCGCCAGUGACCCCAGAGGGGAGUGCGUCAUCGUAGACUGCGUGGGGAAUGACGGAGAGAUGAUGGCGCACGCAUUUAAGUCACUGCACUUCAAUGUGACCCUGCAUAAAUGGCUAAACCUGGUCGAGACGGUCUCAACGCUCAGAAAAGUCUUCCAAAGGAGUCCGGACCGCAGUGGCGAUGGCUUCGUCUGCUGCAUCAUCAGCCGGGUGAUCGACAAUCGCCUCCAGGCCACGGACAUGAACUGCGAAGGCCUCCGUCUGGAAGAUGUCUGCCGCUUUUUCAACGGCGACGCCUGUCCGGCGCUGGUCGGCAAGCCAAAACUGUUUUUCAUCCAGAGCUACACUGUGUCGGACUUCCAACCCUGCGGUGUGGAGAACCGCUGGGAUGACGGCUGGGAGACGGACGGUGGCGCCGGUCAGCUGAGACCCGAUUGUCUCCCGUCAGAUGCGGACGUGCUCUGGUGUCACUGCUCGACCGGAGAACAUCAACUGCAGCGAGGCCGACACCGUUCCGUUUACCUCAAGGCUUUGACGGACGCCUUGGGCAGAAGCCAGGGAAGGAGCCGACAUCUGGUCGAUCUUCACAUGGAGGUGAACGGUGCAAUCUUUGAGCACAACAGCCGGCAUCGUGAGGAUCAGUACCACAUUGACCUGAAAAACACUUUGCGAAAAGACCUUUACUUAUAGUUGUCUGACGACUUGCCUGUUUCGUAGCUGUCAGUAUUUGCACUUCAAUUCACUUACUAUACUACUGCAUUCAGAUAAGCUUUUUUACAUUGACGUAUCUUGUAUGUUUUAUAUUUACCACGUGUAUUUACCUUGAAGUGUUUGGA